AUGGCUGCCCAGGGCUCGCUGCCAGCCCUGAUCCGCAAGAAACGGGAUGGGCACCGGCUGGAGGAGGCUGAGAUACAGAGCUUCGUGAGGGGCAUCACCCAGGGCACCGCGCAGCAGGGACAGAUCGGUGCCAUGCUGAUGGCCAUCAGGCUGCGGGGCAUGGACCUGCGUGAGACCCUGGCACUGACGCGGGCGAUGGCGGCCUCGGGGCGGACGCUGGCCUGGCCCCAGGCCUGGCACGGGCGCCUGGCGGACAAGCACUCGACGGGCGGCGUCGGGGACAAGGUCAGCCUGGUGCUGGCCCCCGCGCUGGCCGCCUGCGGCUGCAAGGUGCCAAUGAUCAGCGGGCGCGGGCUGGGCCACACGGGGGGGACCCUGGACAAGCUGGAGGCCAUCCCCGGGUUCCGAGUCAGCCUGAGCCCUGAGGAGAUGCAGGACGCCCUGGAGCGGGUCGGGUGCUGCAUCGUGGGGCAGAGUGAGGAGCUGUGCCCGGCGGACCGGGUGCUGUACGCGCUGCGGGACGUGACGGCCACCGUGGACAGCCUGCCGCUCAUCACCGCCUCCAUCCUCAGCAAGAAAGCGGCGGAGCAGCUCUCGGCGCUGGUGCUGGAUGUCAAGUACGGGGGGGCCGCGCUGUGCCCCACCAGGGACAGUGCCCGGCAGCUGGCACAGAGCUUGGUGUGGGUUUGCUCCGAGCUGGGCUUGCAGGGCUCUGCGGUGCUGACGCCGAUGUCGCAGCCCCUGGGCCGCCGCCUGGGGCACUCUCUGGAGGUGCUGGAGGCGCUGGAAGCGCUGCACGGCGCGGGGCCGCCCGACCUGCGCCUCCUCGUCACCAUGCUGGGUGGUCUGCUGCUGUGGCAGUGUAGCCUGGCUGGGAGUGCUGAGCAGGGCCAGCAGCUCCUAGGUGCAGCACUGGACAAUGGCUCAGCCCUGGCCACUUUUGAGGCCAUGCUGGGGGUCCAGGGGGUAGCCCCCAACACGGCCCAGCUGCUCUGCACUGGGGCCCCUGCCCAGCGCUGGCAGGUCCUGGGCCAGGCCAGCAUCCAGGAGGAGCUGAAGGCACUACAGGGAGGUUGGGUGCAGCAGAUUGAGGCCCUGCCUCUCGCCCACGUCCUCCACCGCCUGGGAGCCGGCCGGGAACGGGCCGGAGACCCCAUAAACCACCGGGUGGGAGCCGAGCUGCUGGCAACAGCGGGGCAGCGCCUGGAGGAAGGCGAGGCCUGGCUGCGGGUGCACCACGACGGAGGCCUGGAUGAGGAAGGCCGCAAGGCCUUGCAGGCCGCGCUUCGCCUGUCCCCGGAGGCGCCUUCGGGCCCACCAGAGUUUGUCACCGAAACGAUUCUGCCCACGGGGGCGAUGCCCGGCAGCGCAGACGCGCCCCGGCCGCCGGCUUAG